AUGAGUAGCCGCCGCCGCCCACGCUCGCCGCCGCCGGUGCCGCCGCUGGAGGACGACAACCUGCUCUCUGAGAUCCUCCUCCGACCCCCCCCAGAUCCGUCCUCCCUCCCUCGCGCCUCCCUCGUCGCCAAGCGCUGGCUCGGCCUCGUCUCCGACCCCAGCUUCUCCCGCCGCUUCCGCCUCCACCACCGCCGCAACCCUCCCCUCCUCGGUUUCUUCGAGGGCUCGCACUUCGAACCUACAAUGGAUCCGCCCAAUCGUGUCCCGGAAGGUCACUUCUCCUACGAGCACACCGACGACGACGGCUACGGCUGCUUCAGACCCUUGGGAUGGCGCCAUGGCCUCCAACUCAUCUUCCACGAAUCGGAGUCGGAGAAGCUGGUCCUGGUGCGGGACCCCUUCAACGGCGACAAACACCGCCUACCCGUUCCCCCGGGGUUGGAUGGGGAGGAGACCCCGACCAGCGGGGCGGUGUUUCGCGCUGCCGGAGACAUCCAACACUUCCACGUUGUCUUGGUAGACACAGAGACAAACCAACAUCAUACACGGGCAAUUGCCCGCGUCUACUCAUCGGAGACUGGCAUAUGGGGAAAUCUCAUGGCCACACCGCUUCCACCAAUGCCUUCGAGUUCUAUGGACGAACAUCCCACCAUGAUUGGAAUAUGGUUUACCAUCGGUGUGCUAGUUGGGCAUUCCAUUUAUUGGUUGCUCACCGAUACAUCGGCAGAAACUAGCAUGUUAGAUGGUAUCCUUGAGUUUGAUUUGGAGACGCAGAUUUUAGCUGUGAUACCUGUGCCCACGGAUAUUGCCAAUAAUUGUAUUAGCCGAUUCCAGGUUAUGCGGGCAGAAGGUGGUGGCCUUGGUAUUCUCUUUCUAUCAAAUUUCAGUGCCCAAUUAUGGAAGAUGGAGACUGAUUCCAAUGGUGUUGCUUCGUGGGUGCUGGGAAGAACUAUUGAACUAGAUAAGCUACUUCCCAUGAAUCCAAAGAAGAAGAAGAGAGGGCCACCCCUAAUGAUACGAGGGUUUGCUGAGUACAAUAAUGUGCUGUUCAUACGGACACCUGCUGGCUUCUUCACUCUUCAGCUUGAGUCACUGGAGUUCAAGGAACUUUUCAAAUCCGACAUCUAUUAUCCAUUUGAAAGUGUCUAUGCUGCAGGUAAUGGUAUGUGCAUGUACAUUUUGUGUGUGAAAAAACCAGGAUAUUACUUAGAAUUGGUUGAUUGA